CGGGAGCAUUUCCCCCAUUUCUCCAUCAUAACCAUCUUGUUCUUCUUGUGAAAGGUCAUUAUGCCAGUCGACACCACGCAUCCGGACAAAGUAGUUGUGAAGCACGGCGACAGUACUGCCGAAAUCUAUUACUAUGGAGCAACUUUGACCAGCUGGAAGCCCAAUGGAUUGGAAAGAAUCUUUGUGAGCAAGCAGGCCAUUUUGAACGGAACAAAGGCAAUUCGUGGUGGAAUUCCGCUAGUGUUCCCCCAUUUUGGUACCAUUCCUACAUCGAAGCUUCCUCAGCAUGGGUUCGCUCGUAAUUCGCGAUGGGACUGGGUAGGAAUCACCACUGAUAAUGCCUCAGAAACCACCGUGGAGCUGGCUCUGAAACCGGACAAUGUGCCUGCGAACCUGCGCGAAUUGUGGCCUCAUGACUUUCGGCUUACGUACACCGUGACGCUCACCUCCAACACCCUGCGAACGGGCCUUGCCAUCAAAAACCCUUCCAGCACCAGUUGGGAUUUCACGACACUACUUCACACGUACUUCAAAGUGCAAGAAAUUGCCACUGCAGCUGUCGUGGGAUUGAAUGGUUACCCGUACGUCGAUAAGGUCGCCAAUGGUGCUCAGGCGCAGGAAACGCGUGAACGCGUGACUAUCGCUGGCGAAGUUGACAGAGUAUAUGAAGGAGUCAAGAAUGAUGCCAUUACAUUGCAAGGAACUGCCAUUGGUGCAGGUAUUGUUCUUCAUAAAAGUAAUUUUCCCGACGUGGUUGUUUGGAACCCGUGGGUCGACAAGGCAAAGAGUAUGGCCGACUUUGGCGACGAGGAGUAUCAUAACAUGAUCUGUGUGGAGGUCGGCUCCGUUGCGGCGAUGAUCAAGCUUGGGCCAGGUGAUACCUGGGAAGGCUCUCAGACGCUGGUUGCCGUUUAAGGUCGCCCGGCGUCAGUCACUCGCGCCAAGAGAUUGUUGUAGUCCUCCACAUAGUAAAUAGUCACGUUGCCCAUCGUAUGUAGAGACGUUGUUGUAGAAAGCUACGACUCACGUAGUGCAUGUCAUUGUUGGUUGUCCCAUUUGACGUCUUCCUACACCGGUCACCAUGGUUUUGGGUAUCAGUUUGUAAUCAAUGUACAGCCGACUGCCACAAAAUUAACUUCCGUUUGGCUCUAGGAUAUGCCAUGGUGAUGCAUAAUGAGAA